AUGUUUUUCCCCGAAUUGGGUUUCAUGUUUAGAGAAAUAGGAGGUGUAAUACAUUUGUUUUGGACAAGGCAGUGGAGUGAUAACAUACUUGUGAGGAACGAAGUAUCAUCAAGAGAGUUAAAGAUGGAAAUGGAGUUAAUAUCUAGAGAAACCAUCACACCAUCUGAACCCACUCCUCUUCACCUCAGAAUUUAUCCCCUCUCUUUCAUAGAUCAGAUCAUUCAACGUAAUUAUAUCCCAUCACUUUUCUUUUACCAGCCAAACAAGUUGGCACAAGAAUGUCACCAAAGAUCCAAAAUAAGUGAACUCAAGAAAUCCUUAUCUCAAGUUCUAUCCAAAUACUACCCCUUUGCAGGAAGUUUGAGAGAUGAGCUAUCCAUUGAAUGCAACGACCAAGGUGUGUCAUUUCUAGUCACAAAAAUCACAGGUACAAAGCUAUCAACGAUCCUCCAAAACCCCAAUGAAACAUUGUUGAACCCUUUGUUCCCUGAUGAAUUGCAGUGGGAAGCUAUGAGUUCAGGUGGAAGUAUCGUAGCGAUCCAGAUUAAUUGUUUUGCAUGCGGAGGAAUGGCGAUUAGCGUGUGUAUGUGUCACAAGGUUGGUGACGCUGCCACCCUUUUCAACUUUGUAAAUGAUUGGGCCACCAUGAACAGAGAAGAAGGAGAGUUGUUGUUACCUUCUCCUUUACUUGACGGUGGAGUUUCAGUGUUCCCACAAGGUGACUUGCCUGUUUUCACACAAGGUGUGUUUGUGAAAGACAAAAUGGUAGUGUGCAGAAGGUUUGUGUUCCAAGCCUCAAAAAUCAAGUCUCUCACGGCCAUGAUAUUUUCCCAAUCCAACGCUGUGCAAAAUCAAAAUCUCACGCGCUUUGAAGUUGUCACUGCUUGGAUUUACAAGCGUGCAAUUUCUGCAUUGGGCUUAAAUUCUAAGACGACAUCGUUUCUUAUACCUGUCAACCUUCGAAGAAGAAUGGUUCCUCUAUUGCCUGAUAAGUGCGUAGGAAACAUGGUUUGGUGGUAUUUGGUGUUCAACCCAGUCGUGGAUGAGAGGGAAAUGGAACUACAUGAGUUGGUAAGCAAAAUAAAGGAAGGGCUAUGUGAGUUUUGUGACGUGUAUCCUAAAAAAUUUGGAGGGAGUGAUAAGGACUUACCAUUUAUCUCUGAGUGCCUAAAACAAGCUACUUCAUCUCCAGAGCCUUGUGAAUCUGAUCAUGAAGAGAACCAAUCAAUGUUUAUAUUUACCAGUUGGUGCAGGUUCCCAAUGUAUGAAGUAGAUUUUGGGUGGGGCAAACCUAUCUGGGUAACAACUAGUGAAUGUCCUGCAAAGAAUAGCAUAAUUUUGAUGGAUACAAGAGAUGGGGAUGGAAUUGAAGCGAUUGUGAAUAUGGAAGAGAAAGACAUGACCUUAUUUGAGCAUAAUGUGGAGCUCCUUCAAUAUGCCUCUCUUAAUCCAGACCGUGGAAUAUACUGAUAUUGUUCUCUGUUCUCAAAUUAUCAAGCACAAUUCCUUUGUGAUUUA